CAAAUCGUCCGGAAGCAUUUUUCUUAUCCAAACAUCUUAAGGAACUUUUAUUUUAUCGGUUUUAUUUGAUUUUUUCACCUCCUUUUGGGAUUAAACAAUGCAAUCCCAGUGCUUUCAACUUCAACUAUAAAUAUGGGUUGAUGAAAGCUCUAAGUCCACCAUAGAUAAGCCUUAGGGGAACACAAAUCUUUAGUGCAAGUUCAUUUGGUUGGCUUUCGACAUUCCUUGUUUUUCUACCUGGUUCAAUUAGCAGAAAGAAGCUGCAUUUCUAGUGAUUUCCUAAUCUAUUCUUCACAUUGCUCUUGUUAAGUUUGGUAGAAGUCGUCAAUCAGGUCGGGCUGCUUUUUUCCCUAAAUGGACAGGAUUAGAGAUCUGGCAUCAAGAAAGGCUGCGGUGAUCUUCACCAAGAGCUCAUGUUUCAUGAGCUAUAGCAUCGAGACUCUGUUUCAUGAACUUGGUGCAAGUCCAGCCAUUCAUGAGCUUGACCGAGAGGCAAAUGGAAGGGAAAUGGAGUCAGCGCUACAAAGGUUGGGGUGUAAGCCCUCUGUUCCAGCAGUUUUCAUUGGCGGAAAUUUUGUAGGCUCUGCAAAAGAUGUCAUAUCUCUUCAUGUUGAUGGCUCUCUGAAGCAAAUGCUCAUUGAUGCCAAGGCUAUCUGGUUCUAGCAGUUAGCAGUCCUAGAACCACCCCUUUGUGAUGUUAGAGUCCAUGCUAUACUAACCAAGCUCUGGUACCAUCUUAUAUGGUUGGUACAUCAAGAGCUUUUCCUUUUUGCUUAGUAACUAAGUUCAGUCACUGGAGUGUAUAAAAAGCCAGCCCAUAUGGAUAUGGCUAAUAGAGUCCUAUAAACCUCGAAAACUCAGCAGAGAAAGAAAUUGUAGAUUUUCUGCUGUUUUCUUGUGUAUCUUUGUUGACUUUUUGUGUGUGCGGGUGUGCAUUUUAUGCUUAUGCACUUAAAAUCCGAAAUUAACUUUGUGAUCAUAUGUCUUGGCAGACAAUGUCCCACUAUUAAGAAGAAACUAGCUUCCAGACAAGCUACACUAAACAGAAUAAAAUUUACAGAAUGCAUCACUUUGAAUCAGUAAUCAGAUACGGCUUGACAGGAAAC